CCCCCCGCCCCUGCGGUGUUUACAGGCUAGCAGAGCCGCUCGUGCGGUGAUCCUCUGUCUCUGUCUGUCUCCGGCAGCGAUCUGUCCUCAUCCACCGAGUCGGACACACCGGACCCCGAGCGAGUGACGAGGGAUUCUAACGGGUAGUAUAUCCGAGUGAGUUUAGACCCGACCCGACCGGACCCGACCGGACCCGACCCGGCGCCAUGUACCGAUCCCUGUACGCCUUUAAGUCGAAGGAGCCGAACUCGCUGCCGUUCGCGGCCGGAGAGAGCUUCCUGAUCCUGGAGAGGAGCAACCAGCACUGGUGGCUGGGGUCCCGCUGCAGCUCCGGAGAGACCGGAUACAUCCCCGCCUCGUACCUGGAGAAGAUCCCGGCUCCAGAGCAUGACGAGGUUCUGCAGUCUAUAGACAGAGCUAUCGAGGGGAUCCACAACGUGGCCAUGAAGAACGGCGGAAAGUACAACCUGGAGCAGAGAGAUAUGCUGCAGAAGCUGAUCCACCACAGGAAGGAGACGCUGUCUCGCCGGAGUCCGACUCCGUCCAAUCACAAAACAGGAAUUCCCUCCUCUAGCAGUGAGAUUUCGAUAAGCUCCGCCCACCAAACACCUAACGGCCUGAGCCGAGCUUACAGCUGCCAGGCCGACGAGACGAUCACAGAUACUACAGAGAACAUGAAUGUACCAGGAUUAUAUCAGGUUCCUCCCCAGCCUCGCCGAGCCGCUCCCAUAACCCCGCCCCCUCCAGAGAAGCGUAAAGAAAACCGCCGCCCAGGUCCUGAGGUUCCUGUCAGAGUGGUGUCCUCAGGCUCCGCCCAGAUCCCUGGUCAUACCUCCCCUGUCUCUCUGUCCUCGACCAUAAGCUCCACCUCCUCGCAGUCCGGCUCCACCCACUCCAUCAUACUCUCUGAUGACAGCCUUCCCAGUGCCUCUAGCACUCCGCCUCCUGUGCCGAGUCGAUCGAAAGCCCCGCCCCCGCCUCCUCCUGACAUCUCCCACAACCAGAAGACCACACCCACUCCUCAGCCUGAUGUCUGUAAAAAGGCCACGCCUCCUCCUUCGCCUCAUCUGUCUGACCCUAAGAAGACUCCUCCCCCUCCUCCACUUGAUCCCUCCUCCCCUAACAAGGGCCCGGCCCCUCCGUCCCCCGUCCUGUCUCAGCCUUCCAUCGAGGACCAGUCAGAAGCCGAGUGGCCCUCGGCCCCGCCCCCUGUAUCUCUCAGCCCCACUGCUACCGACAGUCCCUCGUGUUUGUCAUUGGUUCCCAUGACGACAGGGGCGGAGCUGAUUGAGCUGGUCAGGAAGAACACAGGCCUGAGUUACGAGAUGUCACGCGUCGCUGUGGGCGUGGUCGUCGGCCAUCUCCAAGCGACCAUCCCGGGGGCGGCGGCCGAGCUGGAGCAAGUGUUGCUGUCUUUGGUCGAGAGCAAGGACCUGAGUGCGGCGUUGCCGCGGGGACAGGUGUGUCACGAUGAGCAGCGCUUAGAGGUGAUCUUCAAUGACCUAGCCCGUCACCGUGACGACUCACAGCAGCGCAGCUGGGCUCUGUACGAGGACCACGAGCUCAUCGCAUGUUACUUAGAGGAGCUACUGCAAAUACUGACAGAUGCAGAUCCAGAGGUGUGUAAGAGGAUGUGCAGGGCCAAUGAGUUCGAACCCGUUCUGUCUCUCGUCUCUUAUUACCAGAUGGAACACCGUGUCUCUCUGCGGCUGCUGCUGUUGAAGGUGUUCGGGGCGAUGUGUGGUCUGGACGCCUCGCUCAUCUCCACACUGCUCAACUCCAUCCUCCCCAUGGAGCUCGCUCGAGACCUGCAGAGCAACACACACGAACAUCAGAAGAUGUGUUACACUGCGCUGGUCUUGGCCAUGAUCUUCUCCAUGGGGGAGCAGCUGCCCUACCGACACUAUGAUCACUUAAACUCCGAAUUUAUUCAGUUCGUAUUGAGCGUGAUCGAGGACGGACUCCCAUCAGACCCGACUGAGCAGCUCCCAGACCUGAGUGUCAACCUGCUGCUCGCCUUCAAUCUGCACCUCACAGUGCCCGACAGUAACAUGGUGAUGGAAACUCUGAUAAAAAGACACAAUGUGAAAACUCUUACUGAGAAAAUUCUACUGCUGCUCAACAGAGGAGAGGACCCUGUGUGUGUUUUUAAACACGCCCCUCCUGCUCCACACUCCGUACUCAAGUUCCUGCAGGACAUUUUCUCGAGUCAGGAGACGGCUAAUAUUUUCUACCACACGGACAUGAUGGUGAUGAUCGACAUCGCAGUCCGGCAAAUAUCAGAUCUGUCUCCAGGAGAUAAACUAAGGAUGGAGUAUCUCUCGCUCAUGCACGCCAUCAUUCGCUCCACCGAUUACCUGCAGCAUCGACACCGUCUCUCCGACCUGCAGGCGACGCUGCAGAGGAUCCUGGGAGAGGAGGACGACCCCGGUGAGGACGAGAGCUCAGCUCAAGCCAGACAGAUGGACAAGCUCAUAGUGCAGCAGAUUUAUAAAGAGUUCCCUCAGAUCCGCGCAGACUGACGGCUCCGUCCAUAACGCCGAGUGAGCGCACUAUACCAGCAGGUGUAGAAUCAUACUCGCCGAAUACGACCUUAUGUACGAGGAAUUUCUCCACAUCGAUGCUUGUAGGGACAAAACAGCUGCGCUAGGUUUUGUUUUUAGUUUUUUCCCCCAGCAUACCACGUGAUAAAAAUCUAAGAAAUCCUUCUCUUUAUUGCUGACGCAUCUUUAACCCAAAUGCUGGGAGGUUAUAGAAUCUGUAUGCACCUUAUAGUCUGGGAAAUACGGUAAUGAGCACUGGAGUUCAGCCUAAAUCCAACAGAAUGUAGCUAACACAUGGGGUUCCUUCCUCAGGCUUCUGCAUCAGCAUUAGUGAAGACAUCUGAUCCAACACACAGGUAGUGCACACUGCAUGUCACUUCAUCUGGAUCUCCCGAGCCUUACUCAGCCCCCUGUGCUGUUGCCUCAACUCCGCGGUUCUAGUGCGCUAAAUGUCGGUGUUCUUUAUCCAUUCAAUUAAAAAAAAUUUUCCUGUUGUUGUUCAGAUACAUAUCAUCAUUUCAUGGCAUUUCAGUCUCUACCUCUCGCCUCUUGUUUCUGGGUGUUUUAGUUUCCUUUAUUCCAUUAUCCUUACGGAAUGGAGGAGAAGCGCUUUGUUUGUCCAGUAUUAAAAACUAGAUCGAGGGUCCUUAGCAAGAUUGCAUUCUGUCAGUAUUUUGACUUGCCCACUCUGUAACUUAAACAUAGAGUAUGCCAACGCAGAGAGCGCAAGGUGUGAUGGAGUGAACCACAGUAUGUGGUGCGUGUGUGUGUGUGCUACAGUGUGUCAGAGAGAGAGAGAGAUUUAAAGAGUGAAUUGAGUGUGAAUCUGUUUGUUGCUUCAAUGGUGUGUCAAAGCUUAUCUAUUCUCUCAGAGAAGAUUGUGUUCAGAAGGGAAAUGGUAUCAAAAUGUAUUUUCAUAUCGUUUACAACACUAAUAAAAUACCAAGCAUCCUAAUGAGCACUAA